GUUCAAUUUUAUCAUAUAAUUCCCUUUCCGAAACCUCCUAGUAGCACUGCAUAAAUUCUUCAGAAUUUUUGCUACUCGAGUGAGAAUUGGGAUUUCCUAGCCUCAAUUGAACUUUCCUUGAUCUUUCGGAAUCUUGCCAAUUUGUUUCACUAUCUGCCUACCCCGCAAUUGUCGCCAUGUCUGCUACGAUCCCCUCUGGCCGUCCUCCAAAGGAUGAUGACUCCUGCUCUACACACUCAGAGGAUUCUGACCUCAGUAAUGAGGAAGGAUGGGAGGAUGUCGAGCCCGACGAUGAGACACAGCCAGUGGUUGGCCUGUUCUCCGAGAAAGUCUACCCCAACGUGCUUUCCAUGCUACAGGAGACCAAAGACAAAUACAACUUUGACCUACGGAGAAUACAGAAAGAGCUCGAUCUGGAUUUCCUGGGUACUAUCAAAUUGGUGAACUAUAUUCGCACUCAAGUCAAAGCUGGAAACUCACCGCCAGAUGUGUCAUCCAAAUCCAACUUUGAAGACGAGAUCUACCUGAAGCCCGUUCUUGAGGACGACGCUCUUUUGUACAGUCUAGAUGAUCUCGAAGACCAAGAUGCAGAAGCCCCCGCAGGCACCGAGGCCGAGAGACGAGUAAUUGAGUUGCAAGAGGACCUGGAACGCCUGCAGAGCCAGUUCUCUGAGUACAGGCUUGCCGUGCAGAAGUCGAUGGAAGAUCAGCUGUCAGAGGAGGACGAAAAGCUUGGAUCGUCUGUGUCAUCGGCCCAAAAGACUGCCAAAAAGGCUGCAGAGAUUGACUCAGACUACUUCUCAUCCUAUUCAUACAAUGGUAUUCACGAAUCUAUGCUGAAGGACGCUGUUCGCACCGAUAGUUAUCGUGACUUUGUCUAUCAAAACAAGCAUUUGUUUAAGGAUAAGGUUGUUCUGGACGUUGGAUGCGGUACAGGAAUCCUGUCAAUGUUCUGCGCGAAAGCAGGUGCCCGGAAAGUCAUCUCAGUGGACAAUUCAAAUAUCAUCGAUAGGGCGAAAGAGAUCAUUCAUGAGAACGGCUUUGGGGAUGUGAUAACAUGCAUCCGCGGUAAGAUUGAGGAAGUCACACUCCCUGUUGCGCAGGUUGACAUCAUCAUAUCCGAAUGGAUGGGGUAUUGUCUUUUGUUUGAAGCCAUGUUUGAUUCAGUUAUCUAUGCUAGAGAUCGUUAUCUGGCACCCGGAGGACUCAUGGUCCCGUCGCACGCUACGCUGCGUAUUGCUCCUUUUGCGGACCCUGACUUCAUGGCCUCGCAUAUCUCGUUCUGGAAUGAUGUCUACGGUUUCAACAUGCGGAGCAUGCUCACUGGUAUUUACGAUGAAUCGCUUGUCCGUAGCGUGCAACCAUCGACUAUCCCUGGAAACUCUUCCGUCUUCCUACCACUCCCAUUGCAUACAAUCACGGUCGAUGAGCUGUCCUUUUUAAAGGAGUUUCAGGUUACUUUGAAAGAGGACAUUGACUCGCUUGAUGGCUGGGCUAUCUGGUUUGACAUAUUCUUCAUGCCCUCUAAAGAUUCUCCUAUUUCGGAUGAUGCCAUCCCUUCGGAGAUGCAAAAGAAGGGCUUUGUUGCUUUUACUACGGGUCCUGAUGGCCCAGAAACCCAUUGGCAACAAGGUAUCCUCCUCAUCGAUCACGGAAAGAAGCAAGCCCUUCCUUUGAAGAAGGGACAAACGAUCACAGGAAAGGUCGGUUAUCAAAAGAAAGGGGAAAAAUCGCGGUCCUUGGACAUCUCUAUCGAAUGGGAUGUUCAAAAGAGCGGCAAGGGAGCCCAGCAAUGGAGUUUGCAGUGAGAGAUCUGACUAAAAAGUUUUGUUUGCCUUCCGACUAAAUUCGCUCUCUUUCCGGUAUGUUACGACUUUUAGAAAGUCUCAUUUGAUAGACAGCUGU